CUGCAAGUCAGCAAAAAGAGAAAAAUCGAAAUUCAGAUGCAAAGCACUUGAGUUUUAUAAGAUCCCCAAUUCCGCAUUUAUCUUCUUUGGAGGGAGUGGGACCAAAUGCUUUAGCGACAACAUAUGAUGAUGGUACUUUCCAAGGGGAAGGAAUACAAAGUCCCUAGAUGUGAUGGUGUCAUUGUGGUGUAGUACUGGGUGUCGGCUAUGGCUAUGACCAUUCCCCUCCGCUCUUCUCUAUUUUUCAAAUGUUUACUGACCCUCCCAGUUUCCAAGCACGAUACACAAGGAGUUUUACACAGGCCAGAGGCUACAUGCAGGGGUAAAUGAUGAUAAAUGAAUCGUAAAUGUAGGAACUAUUAGAGUCUUGAAGAUUCAGCACAUUUGGGUGCAAGUUCCCAUGGACUUGUAAUAUGGGGAGCAGGGCCAAUAAUUCAAUGAUGGACUAUGUUUAGCAACAGCUGGAUUACAUCUUGAUAGGAGCAUACAUUUUCAUUUAAUCAUGGAACAUGUAGACUUAUUGGCUUUGACAAGGGGUAACGACAAUGGAGAAAGAGACUUAUGAAUAACCAACCUUAUUAAAAGAUGAAGAUUUAUUACAUGUCACGUUGAUGUUUACAGCUACUUAGAGUUAAACAGGUUUGACAAUCUGAUGGCAACGCCGGGGUCAAUGGAAGGAAGUACUAAAUGCUCAGAAGAAUCAGAUAGCUUUAAAAUGUCCUUAAAGGUGGAGAAUUCUCAAUCAGCAGAAGCAGAUAGCACAAGACAAUCACUAGUGAAAACCACCUCUCAAAUAGAAGAUGUUACAUCAAACAAACAAUUGAAUGGAGUGGAUAUUUUACUGUCUAAUACGUCAAGCUUGGUAAAAGAUUUACAGGCAUUGAGUUCUAGUCAUGAAAUAGAACCAGCUUCUUCAAAGCAUUCUUCAAGGGAAAAAGGUGUUUCUAAGUUAUCAAGAGCAGCAGCAUCAGGAAAAUCACCCAUGAAAAAACCUUUAAGGGUUGGGAUUCAGCGGGCAUCUGAAGCAGGCAUAUCAGAAACAAUGACCUUGAAGCAAGCAUUAAGAGGAAUGAGCAUUUCUCAGGCAUCAGAACUAGCUUCUUUGAAACGACUCUCAAAACCACCAGUCACAUCUCAGUUAGCAGAAGCUGGUGCAAUAAAACAAAGAUACAGAGCUGUUGUAUUUUCCCGUGGAUUGGAACCAAGUACUUCUAAACACAUAACAUGGACACAGGGCACUUCCCGUGAGUUAGAAGGUGGCAUUUUGAAACCAUCACUAAGGGAAACUGAUGCUUCUCAGACUUCAGAACCAUGUUCGUUAAAGCUUUCAUCUCUAAUUGACACACCCCUUUCUUCUGCAGCAAGUUCCUCAGAAGCUGGAAGUAGCCGAAAUAAUGAAAGGGCAAACAGACAAGGUAAUGAAGAUACAUCAGGGACCUCGUUGCCUGUUAGUAGUGGUCUUGAUGCUCAAAGCAGUAUCAACAACACAGAUAUCGUCAGGGUGACAAUCACUAACAAAACAAGUAACAAUGGAGAAAUUAGUGUUGAUAACGGCAGUGAGAGUAAAUCUCAUAUGGGAAAGACUAUACAAGGAUCAAAAUGUAGUGACAGGACAGAUUAUGUUGAAAUUGCAAACAGUAGUGCCAGCAGAGGUAGCAGUAGCAGUGGCGUGAGUGAUGAGAGCAGUUGCAGUAGUCUAAGCAGCAGUGGCAACAGGCCUCAUAUGUCAAAUGAUUCAAGAUGGGAAGCCAUCCGUGCUGUUAAGAUGCGGGAUGGAAAUUUAGGGUUGAAACAUUUCAGGUUGUUGAAGAAAUUGGGGGAAGGUGACAUAGGCAGUGUGUAUCUCUCAGAAUUAAAUGGUACAAGGUGUUAUUUUGCGAUGAAAUUUAUGAAUUAUGGAUCUUUGGCUAGUCGAAAAAAGAUGUUGAGGGCUCAGACAGAAAGAGAAAUCCUUCAGAUGCUGGAUCAUCCUUUUCUUCCAACAUUAUAUGUUCACUUUCAAACUGAAAAGUUUUCAUGUUUAGUUAUGGAAUAUUGCCCAGGAGGAGACCUUCAUAUACUACGACAACGACAACCAGGCAGGAACUUCUCUGAACAAGCAGCUCGGUUUUAUGCAGCAGAGGUUCUUCUAGCUUUGGAGUAUCUACAUAUGCUGGGAGUUGUGUACAGAGACCUCAAACCUGAAAAUGUUCUUGUAAGGGAAGAUGGACAUGUUAUGCUUUCAGAUUUUGAUUUAUCUAUGAGGUGUGCUGUCAGCCCCACUCUAGUUAAAUCAUCAUCUGUUGAUCUUGAUCAUUUAAAGAGGAUUCCAGCAUUUUGUGUCCAACCGGCCUGUAUUCCACCUCCUUGUGUUGAAGCAGUCUGUGUACAGCCUUCCUGUUUUACACCCCGGUUCUUUUCGCAGAGGUCAAAGAAGGUAAGGAAGCCCAAAAUUGAAGUGUGUAAUCAAGUGACUCCCUUGACUGAGCUUGUCGCAGAGCCAAUCACUGCAAGAUCAAAUUCAUUUGUUGGAACUCAUGAAUAUUUAGCUCCAGAAAUUGUUAAAGGAGAGGGUCACGGGAGUGCUGUUGAUUGGUGGACUUUUGGAAUAUUUUUAUAUGAACUUCUCUUUGGCAAGACCCCCUUCAAAGGUGAAGGUAAUACUGCUACACUUAACAAUGUGGUAGGACAGCCUCUCAAGUUUCCAGAAACGCCCACUGUAAGUUAUGCAGCGAAGGACUUGGUCAGGGGCUUGCUUGUUAAAGAGCCACAACAUCGACUAGCAUUCAAGCGUGGGGCAACAGAAAUCAAACAACAUCCUUUCUUUGAGGGUUUGAACUGGGCACUUAUUCGAUGUUCCACUCCACCUGAAGUUCCGAAACCUUUUGAGACUAGCUUGCCUGUUAAGACAUUGUCUAGUGGUUCAACAAGUCAAAAAAAGUUUUCUAACAUGGAUUCCAGUUCUAGAAGGAAUCAUUUGGAGUUUGAAGUAUUUUAGCUUUGCCUUUAAUGCAAUGAUUACAUGUGUUUUUUGCACAGAAGUCCAGUUUUACUUCUGCAAGAAUGUACAAUGCAGGUUGUUUGUGAUGGACUAUGUAAUGAUUAAAUAUUUAGGAAAGAAGAAAGCAGUGCUUUGUGAUGCAAGGAAAACAAGUGCUGUUGUAUUGUGUAUCCUAUGCUCUGACUAAGAAAUGCAUAUCAUUCUGGGAUAGCCUAUCAACUCCUGUCGCGAGCUUUUGACCUUUCAGUAGAUUUUAGUCAUUUGGACCUUUGUUGAGAUUUUAAGAUGUAUUUUAGUGGUUAUUGCUGGCUUGGAAUUUGGGUAAAUUCCCAUCCAAUCAAGCUUGAUGUUUAUGCUCAGUGAUAGAUGCAUUCCUGCUGAAGAAUUACUUUUUGGCAGAAAUUCUACAUUAGAUUUUUAAGGAUUUCCCUUUUUUACAAAUGUUGCAAAAGCUGUAGUGGAUGUAUGUGGGAAAUCAUAAUGCUGGCCCCUAUUAUAAACGGGGGAAGAUAUAUUUAUAUAUAUUAACAUGUAAAGAAACAGGUAUGAUAAAGGUUAUCAACUGUGAACCUGAUGUAAUCUUUUAUAAAUACUUAAUUUGUAUCUUGGAAGGUGUGAUCAUGUGUGCCCACCUCUGUGGCUGUGUACCUGAUUUAAAAAAAAUAUGAACACAUUUUAU